UAAAAUCACGUGAUAGCAAAAAACUGUAAGCGAUUGCGAGCAAAGUAUUCGGUCCAUCAUAUUGCAUCGAAUUUUUGCACAAUUCUCCGCGAAAUAUGGCUUUAGACAACGAGCAAUACCUAAGAGGAGUUCAGAGGGAGUAUCUUGAUUUCUUGGAUGAUGAUGAGGAUCAAGGAGUCUAUCAUGGGAAAGUACGAGACAUGAUCGACAGGGGAGAGACAAGGCUUCUGGUGAAUAUAAAUGACCUGCGUCGCAAGAAUGAGCAAAGGGCUGUCAAACUUGUCAAUAAUUCAUUUGAAGAGCUCAUUGCCUUUCAGAAUGCCCUGAAAGAGUUCGUGAGUACAGCCCACACUGAAUAUGGCAAGAAACAUGAGGAAUUUUUUGUCGGGUUUGAAGGAAGUUUUGGCUCAAAGCAUGUCACACCAAGAUCAUUGUCGUCACGAUAUAUUGGUAGCAUGGUGUGUGUGGAAGGAAUUGUUACAAAGUGCUCUCUAGUCCGGCCGAAGGUCGUGCGUAGUGUUCAUUACUGUCCCAAAACCAAGAAGACCCUUAUAAGAAAAUACACAGACAUGACGUCACUAGAGGCCGUCCCCACAAGUUCUGUUUACCCAACAAAGGAUGAAGAUGGGAACCCCCUUGAGACUGAAUAUGGCCUCUGCACCUAUAAGGAUCAUCAAACCUUCACAAUACAGGAAAUGCCAGAAAGGGCCCCAGCAGGACAGCUCCCUCGUUCGGUGGACAUCAUUGCCGACAACGAUCUUGUCGACAAGUGUAAGCCGGGUGAUAGGGUGCAAGUGAUUGGGACAUACAGAUGUCUGCCAUCCAAGCGCUCAGGGUUCACUUCUGGGACGUUCAGGACUGUGUUGAUUGUGAAUAAUGUCCAAGUCAUGAGCAAAGAGGUUGCUCCAAACUUUUCUGCCUCUGACAUCUCCAAGAUCAAGAAGUUCAGCAAAAGCAAACAGGAUGUGUUUGAGGUGUUGGCAAAGUCACUUGCGCCAUCCAUCCAUGGACAUGAAUUUAUCAAGAAAGCCAUUCUGUGCCUGCUGUUGGGAGGGACUGAGAAAGUUCUGGAAAAUGGCACCAGGCUAAGAGGGGAUAUCAAUAUCUUAUUGAUUGGUGAUCCCUCAACAGCAAAGUCUCAGAUGCUACGGUACGUUCUUCACUCAGCACCUCGGGCUAUUCCUACCACUGGGCGUGGUUCAUCCGGUGUUGGUCUUACUGCGGCUGUCACCACUGACCCUGAGACUGGUGACCGCCGCCUGGAGGCUGGCGCCAUGGUACUUGCUGACAGGGGCGUUGUUUGCAUUGACGAAUUUGACAAGAUGAGUGACAUUGAUCGCACUGCCAUCCAUGAAGUUAUGGAGCAAGGGAGGGUGACAAUCUCCAAGGCUGGGAUCCAUGCAAAGCUGAAUGCACGCUGCAGUGUGCUUGCCGCUGCAAACCCGGUGUUUGGAAGGUAUGAUGAGUUCAAGAACCCAAUGGAUAAUAUUGGCAUGCAGGAUUCUCUGCUUUCACGUUUUGAUCUGCUCUUCAUUGUUUUAGACCAGAUGGAUCCUGAUAAUGACAGAAGGAUUUCUGAACAUGUGCUAAGAAUUCAUAGAUACAGGAAACCUGGAGAGCAAGAAGGAGAAGCUUUGCCAUUUGGGGAGGAGUCUGACGUCUUGGCGACACGAGAUCCAGAUCAGGAGGAGGAGGACGAGGACACGCCUGUCUAUGAAAAGCAUGACCCCAUGUUAUUUGGGAAGCAGAAGGACAAGAAGGAUAAAUUUGUCUCAAUGGCAUUCAUGAAGAAGUACAUCCAUGUGGCCAAGGCCAUCAAGCCGGCCCUCACUAAGCCAGCAGCAGACUUGAUAUCAAAGGCUUACUCGGAACUGAGAGACCAAGAGAACAUUGGUAAUGAUAAAGCUAAGACAACUCCAGUCACUGCAAGAACCCUAGAGACCAUGAUUCGUCUAUCGACAGCUCAUGCCAAGGCUAGAAUGAGCAAGACUAUUACAGAGGGUGACGCCCAAGCAGCAGUUGAUAUGGUAUCCUUCGCCUACUUCCACAAGGUUGAGCGCAAGCCAGGCAAGGAAAGACAAGGCUCAGAGAUAGAUGAAGACGUCUCAGAAGAUGGGGAGCCUUCUCAAAGAAAAAGAUCUAAAGGAGCUAAGAAAGGAACAAAGAAACCCAGAGUACCAAAGAAAAAGGAAGGAGAGGAAGGGUAUGAUCCUUACGAUUUUGAAAGUGAUGAAGAGGAAACUGAAGAGGUUGUUGAUAAGAUAAAAAAGAGGCGAUCAUCUCGUGCCAGUGCUGGUGACGGCACAGAUGACGCCACAGAAUCCAUGGACACAAGUGAUGCCACCCAAGACACUACAGCCACUAUAAGUGAAGAAAGAUUAAACAAGUUCAAAUCAAGUCUUCAACAGGCGUUUACCAAGGCCCAUACUCAGACAUUGCCUCUCUCAGACGUCAGAUCUGCAAUUGACCGUGACCACCCACGUGACAAAUUCAGUGAGCAAGAGUUCAAGAAGGCACUUCAAAUCAUGGAAGAUGAAAACAAGAUCUAUGUGGCGGAAAACAGCAUCUUUCUCAUCUAAUGUGGACAUUGAUAACAGUACAUUAACAUCUUUAGACUAUCACUUUGCUCAAAAUAUGAUUGUCCAGACCUUAUGGAUGGCACAAGUUUGCAGUUUCAACCAUAAAGCCCCAAACUGGAAUAUUACUGUACAGUGAAAUGCAACAACUGUAUGGGAAAUUUGCUAGUAAUUUAUCCAGGAGUAAAUAUAUCAAAAGGCAGACUAAAAAAUGCUGAGACUGACAGCAUCAUUCAGGGUUUCAUUGGUGUGGUUUUCAUCUGACUGUAAAACAAAUUCAGGUAGGCAAUUUAUUGAGACAUUAUAAAACAGAUAUGAUAUGAUCAUAUCUGUAAACAAGCAAACAGAUGUAUAGUUAUCUAUUUCACAGACAGAUGGACUACUGUAUUAACCUUAGUUCAAGAGCAACACAAGCUGUGAUGCCGUUUGAUAGAUACAUGAGGUCCAGCGAUACAGGACCUUGCCCCCACCCCUCUUUCUUUAAUAAAUAUGAUAAAAUGUGUGGGUGCUAAAGCCUUUGCCACAUAUUUAUAUAUUGGUUUGUAUGGUCUGAGAAAUACAUCCCAGCAAGCUGUUAGUUGGCAACAUGCCCUUAGCUGCUGUAUGUAACUUAGGAAACUUUCUCCCUAGUAUUUAUGUAAAUAAAGCAGCAAAUGUUUGUGCCUAAGGAAUCUGGUGGCGUUGGUGCAUUAAGGAAAGAGAGAUCAUACCACGGAGACUGGGAAGACAGUUGUGUUUAUUAUAAAUAAUGACAGAACAGUUGUAAUGUUACUUAUUCAAUUUCUUCUAAGACUAGGUAUGGCCCAAAUCACUUUAAAAAAUAAAACGUGAUUCAAAUCAGCUGUAGUGAAAAAUAAACACCAAUAUGCUACCAGCAAAGAUAUUUGUUCUAAAGAACUGAAAGCUAUAUAUUACAAUUGUACAUAAUAAUUUACAUAGGCCAUUUGUAGGCAUCCAUGGAGGCUCUCAAAGGUUGAGUUUAAAUUUGAGCCCUGGUGCUGCCUUGUGCGUGAAGUUUCCGUACCAAACUUGCCCUUUGACGUCAGUAAAGUUUCCAUAUCCUUCCAGUCUGUGGACACAAGAAAAAUGUCACAUGAUAACAUCAAAAGGAGGACUGGACAUAAACAUCUAUUCACUUGGCAGACCUUUUCCUAACCUUUUCCUAUUUGUGGAGUUUUCCAUAGAAAAAAUUGAUUUUAGACAAUUGAGUUUUCAUCAAAUGACAAAAAUACCACUAGAGGUCUUACUUGUUAUCCGAGAAGUUUCCUUCAUAGCUUGAACCAUCUGCCCAUGUGUACCUUCCAAAGCCACUGAACUCAUUGUUGACAAACUCCCCCUAUUGUAAAAUACAUGUGAGAAUGCACCUGGGGGUAGGAGGGGCAUUGUUUACAGCCCGCUACUACUGUACGUAUAAUAGGGUUUAUUAGUAUAACUUAUUUCAAAAAGUCUGCCCUGAAGUAGUCUUAUUAAAAACGAAAAUUUGGCAGAGUCGAA